AUGGAGGCGGUGCGGCGGGGGCUGCGGCGGGUGGGGGAGGAGGCCCGCGAGCUGUACCUGAACCAGACUGUGCCGUACCUGGACCGGGCCCCGACCCCACUGGAAUUCCACCGGGACUGGCUGAGCCCCAACAGGCCCUUCGUGCUGCGCAACGCCAUCAACCACUGGCCGGCGCUCUCCAAGUGGACAACCGGCUACCUCAGAGAGACGGUGGGGAAGCAGGCGGUGAGCGUGGCGGUGACCCCCAACGGCUACGCGGACGCGGUGUACCAGAACCGCUUCCUCAUGCCCGAGGAGCGGAGGAUGGCGUUCGAGGACUUCCUGGACGUCAUCGAGGGGAGGAAGGCGCGCGCUGGCGUGUUCUACAUUCAGAAACAGUGCUCGAACCUGACCGACGAGUUCCCGCAGCUCCUGCCGGACCUGGACUCCCACAUCCCGUGGAUGAGUGAAGCUCUCGGGAAGAAGCCGGACGCAGUGAACUUCUGGCUGGGCGAGGCGGCUGCAGUCACUUCCUUGCAUAAAGACCACUAUGAGAACCUGUAUUGCGUGAUCUCUGGAGAGAAGCACUUCCUUCUUCUCCCUCCCACGGACAGACCUUUCAUCCCAUACGAACUCUUCCAGCCAGCGACAUACAAGGUUUAUGAAGAUGGUUCCUUCGAUGUGAUAGAUGUCGAGAAUGCAGACAAGGUGCCUUGGAUUCCCCUGGACCCUCUGGAUCCCGACCUGAGCCGUUAUCCUGAAUACUCGUGUGCCCGGCCUGUGCAGUGCACAGUGAGGGCGGGCGAGAUGCUCUACCUCCCCUCUCUGUGGUUCCAUCACGUCCAACAGUCACACAGCUGCAUCGCAGUCAAUUUCUGGUACGACAUGGAGUACGACAUCAAGUACAAUUACUUCCAGUUCCUGGACUCGGUCACUAAAGCAGCGAGUGGGGUAUGAGGUGCUCACUGACUCCUGACCGUGUGGAGCCAGAUGCGGGGUUUACCCAGCCAGUGGGAGACCCGAGUGCGAUGUGCCCGAGGCGUGGCUCAGCGAUCGGUCAGCGCAGCGGCACCCUCUGCCGAGGCACGUCUGCUCCUGACAGCGAGACACGAAGCACUCUUAACAGAUUGGACAUCUUCUUGCCCAAGCACUCACUGCCCAAGCUCUGUGUCACGAAUUCACUGGACUGGGACGCUGCCCUGCUUGAGGGGCGCUGUAUAAAUGCAAGUUGUUGUUGUUGGGACGGCGAGGGCCGGGGAGGCACCAUGCGUGCGUGGGUGCUUGUGUGCGUGUUUGCGAACGAGUGCUCGAUGCAGCGGCUCAAAUACAAAGUGAAAGCCCUG